AUGUCGUGUAUCUCGCCUUACAAGCGUCAAAAAACGUGUACAGACGAGAAUCCAGACGCUAACAAGGAGAAUAUACCCCCAGAGGAUACCCUUUCCGAGAUUGCAGGUCCCCCAGCACGCUCAACUCGACGGGUGACGGCGGUGACCCCCCGAAAAUCAAUUAUACGCCGACAGCUCUCACGCUGUGAGUCGACGCCCGUCAUCGAGCUCGGCAACCUGCAGCUCGUAACACCACCGACGACGCCAGCAAAGCCCGCACCCAGUGCCCCUACCGAUAUCUACACGCAGGCUCGCGCUCUCCUCCGCACAUCGUCUGCAACAUCCUUCACUGGCCGCCAAGCUGAGCGCACUGCUAUCACCGACUUCCUGACUAGCGAAGACAAGUUUUGUCUCUAUGUCUCUGGAACGCCCGGAACAGGCAAAACUGCCCUCGUCAAUGACGUUUUGCGCGGUCUAGACGGCAAGUACAAGAGCAAGUAUCUAAAUUGCAUGGGAAUGAACGCGGAAGACAUCCGAGCGUCGGCACGCGAUACUCGCGACGAACAUGCGGACGAUGAAUGUGCCAUGGUCAUGGUGCUUGAUGAGCUCGAACAUCUUGACAGUGCCACCUUGUCGCCCGUCUUUGCUGUUGGCACGCCCUCGUUUCGCGUCAUUGGCAUAUCGAACACCCACACGUUGACGUCCAAGCCUACCACAUCGACGAUCACGCUUCACUUCAAGCCCUAUACCUCCAACGAAAUGACCCAGAUCAUCGCCAAGCGCCUUGAGGAGCUCGUACUUCCUGAUGGUAUGAAGGCCAUAGUAGCCCCUGCAGCCCUCAGCUUUGCAUGCCGCAAGGUCUCCUCCCAAACAGGCGACCUUCGAGCCUGUCUCGCGCUUGUCCGUGGCGCGAUCGAAACAGCAGAAAAAGAGUUUAUCAAAAACACAUUGGCUAACCAGGGGGAUUCUGUCGCUAUCGUUCCCGUGUCGAUGGCACAUGUUCUUGCUGCCACCAAGACAGUCUCCUCGCAAGCACCUGGCACUGUUGGCGUUGUUCGUCAACUCAACAUCCAAGCUCGACUUGUUCUUCUUUCCCUUCUCCUCUCCACUCGUCGGCUCUCCGCAUCUCUGCCUGUCUUGUCCAAGGCUGCCAAAACGCCUUUGAAAUCAAAGGCCAAAUCCAAAGCACCCGAGGCUCUCACCAUUGACAGGCUCUUCGAGUUUUACACCCAUCUUCUCAGUAGCACAGAAGCCGUAUUCAGUCCAGUGUCUCGCAACGAGUUUGCAGAUCUCGUCGGUCUCGUCGAGACUCUGGGUUUGCUAGAGCGAGGGCCAACCGCGGGGGCCAGAGGAAAAGGAAAGGCAGCGGAGAAAUCUCAAAGUGUCGGCAUUCCGUCGACGAGUCGCGAGGAGGAAAUGGUCAAGGGUUUGACCGAGCCAGAGGACCCUCAAAUGGAGGGGCCGGCAGAGAGGGAAAUCCGCACCAUGUGGAAUCGGGAAACAGCCCGAAUCAAGAGGGAAACUGAAGAAAAGGAAAUGGUUAUCAAGAAGCGUCAGGAUGCAUUCGAGGAUGCGACAGAGGCGUAG